UAAUACUCUUUCCCACUACUUUGUUAGUUGUUAGUUGUUACAAUUAAGGGGUACUAACCAAUAAAAAAGGACUAGUGCCUUUGUAGCACCACUUUAAAAUCAUAUCCAUUCCUAAAUGCGGAUAAGAUUAACAAACUGAUGGCAAUGCUUAGUUCUCAUGAUCAUGGAACUACGAGAUGCUUCUUAAUUUGGAGCAUGCUUCUAUCGCUUGUGUUGCAUAUUUCAUCUCAGCUAGCGAAAUCUCACUCCACAGUGCAGUUCCUUCCCGGCUUCAAUGGACCCCUUCCUUUUCUACUCGAAACCGGGUACGUGGAAGUGGGUGAAACGGAAACGGAGCUUCAUGGGGAGCUAUUCUACUAUUUUAUUGAGUCAGAGAGCAAUCCUCAAGAGGAUCCUCUCUUGCUUUGGCUAACUGGUGGUCCUGGUUGCUCUGCACUUUCUGGCCUUGUCUUUGAAAUAGGUCCACUCACAUUUAAAAAGGAGGAAUACAAUGGGAGCUUACCUAAUUUAGCCCUCAAUCCACAUUCAUGGACAAAGGUAAGUAGCAUUAUUUUUUUAGAUUCACCUCUUGGUACUGGAUUCUCAUAUCCCAAAACAGAACUCGCUGCUCAACAAAGUACCUCGAAGCUAGUUCAGAAUGCUCACCAGUUUCUUAGGAAGUGGCUAGUUGAUCAUCCGAAAUUUCUGCCAAAUGAAGUGUACAUUGCUGGCGACUCAUACUCUGGCAUUCCUCUCCCAGUGAUUGUUCAAGAAAUUUCAGAUGGAAAUGAUGGUGGUGUCCAACCGUGGAUAAAUCUCCAGGGGUACCUGCUGGGGAACCCCUUAACAGCACGAACCGAAGAUAAUUACCAAAUACCAUUUAGUCAUGGCAUGGGACUAAUUUCUGAUGAACUCUACGAGUCACUACAGAAAAAUUGUAGAGGAGAGUAUCGGAAUAUAGACCCCGGAAAUGUAUUGUGCCUAAGAGACAAAGAAUACUAUGAGGAGACUAUUUCAGGAAUUGAUACUAAUCAUAUCUUGGAACCCAAGUGCGAGUUCGGUCUGCGUAAUCCAAUUGAAAACCCUUGGAAGGCCACCACCAUUUUCAGUUCUGGUCUUGCAUUGCCACCCUUAAACUGUCGGAGUCAUGCAUAUUUCCUCUGUGCUUAUUGGGCCAACAAUGAUAAUGUUCGCCAAGCACUUCAUAUUCGAAAGGGAAGUAAAGGGGAAUGGAAGCGCUGUGACUUUUACAUACCUUUCAAGUUCGAUAUCCAUGAAAGCUUACCCUAUCAUGUAAAUCUUAGCAGAAAAGGUUAUCGUUCAUUAAUAUACAGUGGGGAUCAUGACAUGAGAGUUCCAUUCUUGGACACUCAAGCAUGGAUAAGAUCCCUAAACUAUUCCAUAGUGGAUGACUGGAGGCAAUGGUAUUCAAAUGGCCAAGUAGCAGGAUACACGAGGACUUACUCAAAUAGGAUGACAUUUGCAACUGUGAAGGGUGGAGGACAUACAGCCCCUGAGUACAGACCUGAAGAGUGUUUAGCCAUGUUCAGUAGGUGGAUAUCUAAUAGGCCACUUUAGUUCAGCCAUGGACAUACUGUGUCACAGGAGAAAUGAUUUUAUCUUAAACAUCAAUUAUUCAAAAGCAACUAGAAAGUUCAUCGGGUAGGUGAAUAAAUGUGUAUUUCUCUUCUACCCAGGAUAUGACAAAUCAACUAGUUGAAUAUAGGGGUAAAGAAAAAGAAAAAGUCGAUUGUAUAAUAUAGUUCAUUGGUAAUUAACCAGUAUUACACUUUUACAACAUUACAAACAUUUGUUAAUGCUAUCCAAUUCUGUCAAUCAAA